UGGUGUGGACGGAAAGGGGGAUGGAGGACUACGAAACGUCCGACCACUUCACGAGGCGCAACAAGAUGUCAAAAGACAUCGGGCGUGGAGUUUCGUUGUCGGCAGAGGCUCGCGCCGCGCUGCCAUCGUUGGACAACUUCAUGUCGCACCAGAACCCUACCAGCGGGGAGUUUUCGCUUGACCUCGUCUUGGAGAAGUGCUUGGACCUCACUUUCCCGCAAAAGGCGCGAAAGUUGUUUUUGGAUAAGACGAACGCCUACGUCAAGCACUGCACGACGGCGCCGCCGACCGGUGAAGAAGACAAGCGGAAGCCACACCAGAUGAAGAAGUCCGCCACGCUCGGUCGCGUCACGCUCGGGGAGCGGUCCGAGGAGCGCAACACCUACGGCAUGUUCGAGGAGCAGCACAUCGACGGCAUGAUCGGCAUUUUCAUCACCAUGGGCCUCACGAAGAAAGUCCGGAUGCGAAAGCACUGGAGCCGGUCCGCCCACGACAACUACCCGCUGGUCCAGAAGUGCAUGUCGCGCGACGUGUUCGAGCUCUUGUACUGCCGCUUCCUUCACUGCUCCGACCCCAACGCUCCGGAGCGACUGCUACCCGAUGGCGAAGAAAACCCAGAUUACGACUCCAAGUGGCAUAUCAGGGAGCUAGAAGAGAUCCUCAACACUGCAUGGGCGGCGAACGUCGAGUGUGACAAUUGGUUGUCGUACGACGAGCAAAUGAUCAAGACUGUUUCGAAGUACUCGAGCAAGGUUUCUUUCUACUGCCCGGCGAAGCCCAUCAAGCACGGUGGAAUCGACCACUUCAAGCCUUUGCCUCUAUCACUGAGAGCGAAGGGCCGCAACGGGGAACCUCUGGAUUUGCAGCAGCCUUGGACGCGUAUGGAUUACUUUCUGAACAUGUUGGGGGUGGAUUUGGCCGACCAACAGAACGGGUCUCACACGCACGACCACAAGUCCUACACGAACUUCUGGCGCCGUGUGUAUGACGCAAAGUUGGAGCAGGCGCUGACCAACGCGUUUCUGAUUUUUCGCAAGUGGGUAGAACUGUUGAUCAGAGAGGUAGAGCCCAAGAAGCCCAUUACACCAGGGGGUGAGUUGGAAGAGUUGGAGCUUGCGUCGACGGAGUUGGCGACACUGUCGAAGGUAGAGCGGGCUGUGUGGGAUGAACAGAUGGCAACGCUCCUUAUGGCGAAGUGUAACGUCGCGAGGCCCAACAAGGGUGGGAGGCGUCCGGCCUCGGACAACAAGCCGGCCGACCCCGUGUGGGGUAGCGUCACCCUCAAGAGUGGACGCCUGUGCUUGAACCCUACUUGCAAGACGAGGUCGACGAAAGGGUGCUCGUGCAAGCAAUUUUGCACACGGGGGGAUAAGUCUGGGGUUUUGAUGUGCGAAACAUGCUGGAAGAGCCCGGAGUCUCACGAGCAGGCGGCGAAAGCUU